ACUUUAGACGCCAUCAGUUGGUUACCGCGUCCGCCAGCUCUGUUGCAGAUUAUCACUUGUCUUGGAGCCUGAGGCUUGAGGCCGAGGCAUCCCCCCUCUCCUCGUUUCCCCCCAACCCGACCAGCAGGCCUGCUGUGUAUAUUUCUUUCCUUGUCAACUCCAUUCUUUCCUAGUCCGCAUUGCUGCACGGCUGGUAGCCAUGCCUGAGAUAUCUUCUUCGGGCAAGAAAUUCCUGUCAGCGUUAGGGGUUAUCAUAGUGCUGGAUGUGGCGGCUGUCGUGCUUUCAGCAAGGAUUAACCAAUUCCAGGAGUUCUUCUUUAUGGCGGAUUUGUUCCCGCUCGGUCUGUCCAUAGCGACCCUGAUCCUGCUGUUCUUCAUGUUCCUCUUCAACUUCGCGGUGAUCAACUCCUUCCUUGUCCGCGCUCCCUUCCAAAUUGGCAUCCUCUUCAUCGCCAGCGUCUUCUGGCUCGCCUUUAACGCCUUCUCUACCUCGCGUUGGGCGCACAUCACCAUGUCGUGCGGCUCCAUCCCCGGCGAGUACGCCGACGCGCGCGCGUGGUGCCGGGACGUCCAGGGUCUCAAGGCCGUCGUGUGGAUCGAGUGGGUCAUGCUCACAUUCACCGCGUUCCUCACCUUCCGGCACGCCAUCACCCAGCAGAACCGUGGGCAUACGCACAUCUGGACGCAGCCCCUUGUGCGCUACCACCCGCGCCACGGCGCGCGUCGCGGCGACAGCGAAUUCCUCCAGUUCGAGAAGGUUGGCGUCGGCAUGGCCUUCUAGAACUUCUGCUGCGGGGCGGGGCGGGUCCCCGCGGGCUGGAUCGUUGUUUGCCUUUACCUUCGCACGGGCUGUUUUUUCCCCUUGCUUGUUUGCUCGCGAGAUGCUGUACUUUGUAUUUCAUGGCGGAAAGUAUAUCUUGUAUCAGAGCAGUCAGCCAGAAACUUCGCAAGCAGCCGG